AACGGCGCCCCGGCUGUGCUGGAGCGGAGAUCUCCAGGUUCCGAGGACGCCGCGGCUCUCCACGCCCCUGCCCAGAGCCUGACCCGACUGCAUCAGUCAGUAAGUUAUAUGUGAUUCCAUCUAAUAUACACAAGGCAGAAAGUAAUUGAAGGACAAUUCAGAUGGCAGCUGUAUGAUUGAAAGUCAAGUGUCGCAUAUUCUUUCAACUGUAUUUGAACAUAUCUACCCAGGAAGUGUCAUCCCAUUUGUGGUGAGUUGAGCGAUGGCCUCCAAAAAAGCUACGUUCCCAAGUCCUAACCUCUGUUACUGGUGAAGGUGACAUUAUUUGGAAAAAGAGUGAAGACUUCAAAGACAGGAGAGAAGAUUCUGUGAAGACAGAGGCAAGGACUGAUGUGAGGCAACCACACAUCAGGGAUCUCCUGGAGCCACUGGAAACUGGAAGAGGCAAGAGCAGAAGCUCCCAUAGAGCCUUCAGAGGAAGUGUAGCCUUUCUGACACCUCAGUUUCAGACUUCCGGACUUCCAAAGAUAUAGAGUGUGAUUGAACUGAACAUCUAUUUGGCUGAUCCUCAUCAUGAACCGUGCUUUUAGCCGGAAGAAAGACAAAACAUGGAUGCAUACACCUGAAGCUUUAUCAAAACAUUACAUUCCCUAUAAUGCAAAGUUUCUUGGAAGCACAGAAGUGGAGCAGCCCAAAGGAACAGAAGUUGUGAGAGAUGCUGUAAGGAAACUAAAGUUUGCAAGACAUAUCAAGAAAUCUGAAGGCCAGAAAAUUCCUAAAGUUGAGUUGCAAAUAUCAAUUUAUGGAGUAAAAAUUUUAGAACCCAAAACAAAGGAAGUUCAACACAAUUGCCAGCUUCACAGAAUAUCAUUUUGUGCAGAUGAUAAAACUGACAAGAGAAUAUUCACUUUCAUAUGCAAAGAUUCUGAGUCAAAUAAACAUUUGUGCUAUGUAUUUGACAGUGAAAAGUGUGCUGAAGAGAUAACGUUAACAAUUGGCCAAGCGUUUGACCUGGCAUACAGGAAAUUUCUAGAAUCUGGAGGAAAAGAUGUUGAAACAAGAAAGCAGAUUGCAGGGUUACAGAAAAGAAACUUAGUGUUCUCAUGUGACUUUGCUUCACUUCCUGAUGCUUCUCAUGGGGAUCAGAGCAGCAGAAGCAGCAGAUGCUGGAUUCAAGACUUAGAAACAGAAAAUAUGGAACUUAAAAACAAAGUACAAGAUUUGGAAAACCAGUUAAGAAUAACCCAAGUAUCAGCAUCUCCACUGCUGCACAAAAUGUCUGAUCAUGAACAACAUGAGUUUCAGAGAUGCUCACCCUCUUUCUGGCAUAAUACUGAUGGUUCAUCUCCCUGUCUAAAUAUUUCUUCCAUUACUGUCACUCCUGUCAACUCGCCUGAUUCCAGACUAUCAUUGGGACUGUUAAUACCACCACCUUCUAAAUGUGGCCUUCCAAAACCAGUCAGUGAGAGCAGCAUCCCAAGACCUCAUGCAGGCAGUGUGACACCUAAGUCACCCUCCACUGACAUCUUUGACAUGAUUCCGUUCUCUGCACUGUCACACCAGUCUUCAAUACCUACUCGCAACGGCACACAGCCACCUCCAGUACCUAGUAGAUCUACCGAGAUUAAACGAGACCUGUUUGGAGCAGAACCUUUUGACCCAUUUAACUGUGGAGCAGGGGAUUUCCCUCCAGAUAUUCAAUCAAAAUUAGAUGAGAUGCAGGAGGGGUUCAAAAUGGGACUAACUCUUGAAGGCACAGUAUUUUGUCUCGACCCAUUAGACAGUAGGUGCUGAUGUCAAGAAGAAGAGGUCCUGAAUGUGUUAAAUUUGUUUUGUAUACAUAUGUAUCAUUCAUCAUUACUUACGACAGGUAUUACACAUGUGCCAAUAUAUUUUUGAAUAUCUUAACUUUUUGAUGAUUAUUUCAGUAAAAUUUCCUAACAUCCACUGUAGAUCUGUAAUAUUUUGUUUGAAAAACAACCACUGUAAAGUAGGUCAUACUUUUAUGUUCCUUUCUGUUUCUGUUUGUAAAAUUUAUAAUUGAAAGACAAAUUAUCCAAAUAUCUGCCUUGUCUGAGUUCUAAAUAAUUAGUUUCUUUGAAUUUCUGCCCACACUGCAGGCUGCUAAUUUAUUACUGAUUUCCCAAAAGCCAUACCUUAAUAAUGUGUUUGAAAGUCCUAAAGAGAUACACCAAUGCCAGACUAAAUAGGUUCUGUAUUCAAACCAAGAAACAUGUUAUCACUCAUGAGACAGUUGUCAUUUUAUGUAGGAAAUGUUGUUCAUAUUAUUGGGAAAAUGUAAACUUUGAAUAUAAUAUCACCAGGUUAUUUUUAGCAGGUAAGAUAACAAAAAUAUAAAUUCCAAUAUUAAUUACACCAAAUGUAUUUAGAGUAUUUAUUAGUAAAGUCAAGGUAAUAAUUUUAGUUAUUAUUAUCAAUUAUACUCUAAAUAUUUUAUUUAUUUCGUAAAUAAAGAUUUGUGGAAAAAACAAAAACUUGCUAUUUACACUUAAAAUUUAAUUUCUAAUGAGGUAAAUUACAUUACCAGACAGAUGUUUACUGAACAUCAUCUGAUCUGAUGUUUUCUAAAAAAAUGUUUGGAAUAUAUGCUAUUGUUACAGUAUCUAUUGCCCAUAUUUACUUUACCAAAUAUAUUUUUUCUCACUGAAUAAGACUGUCCUUCUUAUAUUUUUCUCCUUUAAAAAGAUAUUUUCUCACCAAAGUUUAUUUUGUGAUGGCACAUUUGUUUUGAUACUUUAAAAAAUCUAUGGCACCUCUACUUAUGAAUUGUCAAUGUUAUUUAGCAAAUUUAAUUUGUAUUUGAUUUGUUAAAGUCAGAAUGUCGUAUAUCACAAAAAUCAAAUACUGCUCAGUUUGGUUUUAAUAUGAACAAUAACAUUUUCUUGUACCUGAUUCUUGACAUGCUGAUGAACUCUGACUUUUAAAAAUGUUUCUUUCCUAUGCCUUUGCCAGUUAUGUAACAGAUUCUAAUUUGUCCUCAGUGCAGCAAAAAUUUACGGUCAAAUUUAUAAUUUGGUUCAUCACAUUAUAAGAAAAAUAAAUUAAUGAACCUGUGAGCUUAGAUUGAGGGUAGAUCUCAAAAAUUUUCUUUUCUUUUAGUCAUGGGGAUUUACUUUAAGUGCUAAAGGUAUAUUUUCACUAGGAAAAGAGAUCAAAUAUGCUUAUGCAAUAUUAUAUUUGUAUGUAUCUUCAUAAUGUUCUAUGGUAUAUAUAAGCCUUCUUGUUUGUUUUCUGUUAUUUGCUAAGUUGUACCUUAACUAGAGGGUAGUAUAUGUUUCAUAAAGAAGAGUCUUUUUAAUUUUGUUUGUCAUAUAGUAUUUUGGAAUUUGUAUAAUGAGAAUGUUUAGAAGCCAUAUCAAUGGCUUUUUUUAACAGAUAGAAUUUGUAUUUUUAUUGUACUUUAAAAAGCUUUAUGUAAUAGGUAUAUAUUUAGUGGCAAUUUAUUAUCAAUGGUAACACAAUAGAGUACUUUGCACAUUUAAGCUAUGUUCCUUUACCAAUUUUUAAUGGUAAUAAAUUCUGCUACUGGCAUGAUUAAAUAGUACAUAAUUGGUCAUUAAUUAUGAACAUUUAUUUCACCAGUGCAUUUUUAUGAAGAUCCAGUUGAAAAUUGUAUUUCUAUGUAAACUCAGUGAUAUGUUUGAUUUUGCUGAGAAUAAAUAAUUUUAAAUAAAUUA